AUGGAUGAGGCUGGUUCCUCUUCUGGAUCGAGGACUCGAUUGACUCGAGUGUCUUCUUCCCGUCAGGAGGAGGUACGAGAGGAUGAGGAGGAGGUGAGAUACGAGGAGGAUGAGGAGAUACCUGAUGCUGACCCUCCGCACGGAGAGGAGGAGGAUGAUGGCUUCCCGGGAGGUCCUAGGGACAUUUCCUUGCUCAUUUCCUACCACGACCACGUCGCUCGACGUUUCCGGGAGGGAGAGGAAAGGCCGACGAUAAAAUCCGUUUACCACACACGGAAGAUUUUUGAUCUGUUUAAACCAGAGGCCCAGUGGUUUAAUGAUGUGUGUCUGCUCCACCUGCCAAUCAGAGGGAGUCUGCUGCACCAUUCCCGGAUACAGAGGGUCGAGGCGAUUGAGUGGAUGGUCAACUAUCUAGGUAUGGACCAUAACAUGGAUGACUAUGAUUGUCGGGUGACGAGUGGGGCUCAUAUCCGGUUCUCCAACUUGAGAGACCUGUAUGAGAACUACUUGGUGGCGGCGGCCGAGUCCGAGCAGUAG